GUGGCGUUUACAUUAUACGUAUUUCUUAUCACUUUCCGGCAUCAGCUGACUCUUGGGCACAAUGCAGUUGAGCAAGUUGUUUGAUGGGUUAUGAGGGUAGAGGAGGAUUGGGGAUUUGAACUUACUGCUCCGGAGUCAGUAUUCUUCCUCUUUUAGUUCUGGAUCUUUGGUAGCUGGAAUACAUAUUGUAGUGUGGUGAGAAAUCUGGAAGGAUGCCUAGGUUUUACACAUUAAGGUUGCUAGCGAUCAUGGUUAGUUUUUUUCUGCUGGAGAGGAUAUCUGCUAAAACGGCGAAUAUAGUACUGAUCCUUGCUGAUGACCAAGACAUUCAGAUAGGAGGCAUGACACCCUUGAAGAAGACAAAGGCCCUUAUUGGAGAUGUUGGUGUCACAUUCACAAAUGCGUUUGUGGUGAGCCCACUCUGUUGUCCCAGUCGCAGCAGUAUCUUGUCAGGGAAGUACCCCCACAAUAAUCUUGUGCGUAACAACUCCUUUGAAGGCAACUGUAGCAGCAACAGCUGGCAGAAAAUUGAAGAACCUCAGGCAUUCCCAGUAUACCUGAAAAAAGCUGGCUACAACACCUUCUUCGCAGGGAAGUAUCUCAAUCAGUACGGAACAUCUAAAGCUGGAGGAGUUCAGCACAUCCCACCAGGCUGGACGGACUGGAUGGCAUUGGUUGGAAACUCGAAAUAUUACAACUACACACUGUCUGUGAAUGGCGUGGCUGAACUGCAUAGUGACAAUUACGAGAAGGAUUACUUCACUGACCUAAUUGCUAACAGGUCCAUUGAGUUCCUUGAGAAAAAAUCUUCAAGUCCAUUUUUCAUGAUGCUGUCCACUCCAGCACCCCACUCCCCUUGGACAGCUGCUCCCCAGUAUCAGAACUCUUAUAACACCACCAAGGCUCCCAGAGAUGGAAGUUUUAAUGUGGCUGGAAAGGAUAAGCACUGGCUUAUAAGGAAGGCAAAGAAUCCUAUGUCUGACACAUCCAUUGCUUUCCUUGACGACGCUUUUCGAAAAAGGUGGCAGGCCCUCCUUUCUGUAGAUGACCUUGUGGAAAAAGUCAUUAAUAAACUGAAAGAGCUGAAACAGUUAGACAACACUUAUGUUUUCUACGCCUCAGACAAUGGCUAUCAUACAGGUCAGUUUUCCCUUCCCAUAGAUAAGAGACAACUGUAUGAUUUUGAUGUCCGGAUUCCCUUGCUUGUUCGAGGUCCAGGAAUCAAAGGAAAGGUUACAAAUGAGGCACCAGUUUUAAAUAUAGAUCUUGGACCAACAUUCUUGGACAUUGCUGGGAUCAACGUGUCACAGACUUCAAUGGAUGGAGAUUCUUUCUUGCCUUUGAUGACCUCCUCUGGUCACAAAGUGAAGUGGCGCUCAGACUUUCUGGUUGAAUAUACCGGUGAGGGUCAUGCUGUUGCUGACCCUUAUUGUCCAUCCCUUGGCCCUGGAGUUUCUGAAUGCUUCCCAGACUGUGUUUGUGAAGAUGCAUUUAACAAUACCUAUGCCUGUGUUCGCACACUCUCUGAUACAAAGUUUCACUACUGCGAAUUUGCUGACAGUGAGUCUUUUGUAGAGUUGUAUAACAUGACUGUUGAUCCCAAUCAGUUGGUGAACAUUAAAGACAAGGUUCAGAAAGAAGAUCCUGCACUCCUUGUAAAGAUGAACCAGCGACUUAUCGCUCUCCAGUCAUGUGUAGGAAGCUCGUGCCGAUCUCCAAGCCAUCGAUUUGCAGGUAGAUAAUGGUUGCAGCAGCUGAAGUGUUGGUUACCAUGACAACCGAAGAAGGUCCAAAACCUGUUUUUUAAGAAAGAACAUCUUCCCUUGGAUUUACCCCACUCUUCCUUCAGACUUAUUUUUAUUUUAAUAACAAGCUGCUGAUUCAUCCCAGAAAUGUGACUCCAUCUGAUUGUUUGUUGUCGUCAGAAGACUGAUUUACAAGAAAAGCAAGAAAUCCAUGUAGUGCUGAUUGAGACAGCUGAGUGGUCUGUCUUAGUGGCUUGCUUCAUGCACUUCUGUUUCACUUAACUGCACAUAUCUGUUAAGAUACACAGAUUUCCCCACACCUUUGUUUUGUAAUUAUUUGUUGAAGUACAGCAGGGUUUGAUUUUAAAAUGUACAAACCACAAAAAGCCGCACUGGUCAUAGAUUAAUUUGUUUUGUUUAUGCUUGUAUGUUUCUUUGUUUCUGUGUAGGCCUUCCCUACUUCUGAAGAACUACUUUUCGUAUAUAGAUGUAACCUCUUUGGAGAUUCAUCUCGUACAGCUCAGAAAUAACAGGCUGUUAUAAACUUUUUUGCUUCUUCA